UUAUAACGUAUUGGAUCACAGUCACACCGCAUCGACUUUCAGAUUUUUUUCGCGUCGCAAAUUUUCGGAAUAUACCAAAAUAUUUACUACUAUCAGUUAUUAAAGACUGCUUUUGGCGCUCAUCUUUCAAAGAUAAUAAUUUUCCACAAAUCCGACGGACUGCUUAAUUCGAAAGCGGGCACAAUGCUGAAGGUUUUCAAGACAGAGGAGGACAAGAAGGUGAAGCGACUGUACCACCAGCGCUAUCGCACCGAGUGGGAGAAAUACCCAGCGUUCUCCAGCUGGCUUGCAUCUAGUAACGAUGGCUACUCGGCCCACUGCAAGAUCUGUGACGUCAAUGUCCUGGCCAGGUUGGCGUCCAUCAAACAGCACCUCGCCACGCGCAAGCACCAGGAAAGUUCCAAAUGCCACAACAUUGUUGCCCAGAACAUGAUCAAGGGUGAACUGAGCAAGGAUGAGCAUGACCCGGAUUUAGAGGCCUCCAUAAUUUCACCCAAAUCAACAAAGCCCAAGCCCAAACCGAAAGUCUAUCCAAAGCAAAAGACAAGAAGCAAAAUGCUGACCAAGAUUAAGACCGAGCCGAAGGUGGAGAGCAUGGAGGAGGAGGAGGACGAAAUUGCCUCAAACGACUCAAUCCUGGAUGAUUUACUGAGAACCGAUCAGCCUUAUCAGGAGCAAGAAUAUGUAGUUGACAACGAAUUCCUCGAAGAACAACAGCAUGAAACGGAUCUCCAGGACCAAGAGGUGGUCUACGAGGAAGAGAUGAUACACCUCAAGCCAGACGAACCGGAGAUUCAUAACGAAUUUCAAGUCGACGCGAUGUCGGAAGACGCCAUUAUUAGCGAAUUUGACUUGUUCGGCAAGAGUUUGGCUCUGCAGCUAAACAACAUGGACUUGGAGGACGCGCUUCUGUGCCAGGAGCGUCUGCAGGUGGUCCUUACAGAAUUCCGACUAAAGGUCCUCAAACGCAAGAGGGAACUAAAACGCUGUUCGUAGGCUUACAAUUUAUAUCAAGCUGUCUUAUGUACAUAGUAUAAUCUCUUUAACAACUAAAUAAAUAACUAUUCUGCCUCAAUUUCAUCUAUAAA